AUGCUGGCACGACGAAAUGCAGGCCGGCUCGCCUCGGGCGCUUUGCGUCAAGCUCAAAAGUCGACCAGCGCCCCUGUCAGGUCGUACCGCGCAUCGUCUCAUUCAAUCUUCCAGCAGCAAGCGAGCGUCCUGCCCAACAAUGUGGAUGCCUCGUCGGACGAGUUCUUGUCGAAUAAGACCUACAUGGACGGCCUCGUCGACAAGCUUGAUGCCACGCAUGCGAAGCUCGCGCAGGGCGGCAGCGAGAAGGCGAGAGCGCGGCAUGUGUCUCGCGGCAAGAUGCUUCCUCGCGACCGUGUCGCUGCGCUGCUCGACCACGGCUCGCCUUUCGUCGAGCUUUCGCCGAUGGCAGCGUACGAGAUGUACGGCAAGGACGAGAUCCCGGGCGCAGGUAUGAUCUCGGGUAUUGGGCGCGUUUCGGGCACCGAGUGUAUGAUCGUCGCCAACGACCCCACUGUCAAGGGCGGAAGCUACUACCCCAUCUCCGUCAAGAAACACCUUCGAGCGCAAGCGAUCGCUCGCGAGAACCGCCUGCCAUGCGUCUAUCUCAACGAGAGCGGUGGUGCCGCGUUGCCUCAUCAAGCGGACGUCUUCCCCGACGAGAACCACUUUGGUCGCAUCUUCUACAACAUGGCUCAGAUGUCGGCGCUCGGCAUCCCGCAGAUUUCGGUGGUUCACGGCAUUAGUGUCGCAGGUGGUGCUUACGUGCCGGCAAUGGCGGACGAGACUAUCAUCGUGCGCAAUCAGGGCACUAUCUUCCUCGCCGGACCUCCCCUCGUCAAGGCAGCGCUUGGAGAGGUGGUCGACGACGAGACGCUCGGAGGUGGUGAGAUGCACUGCAGCGAGUCGGGUGUGACAGAUCACCUUGCCGUCGACGACGCGCAUGCCAUCACAUUGGCGAGGGAGGCGGUUGCCAACCUUGGUCUAUGCGGUCGAUCGAAUGCGGCUCUCAACGACGCAUCCUUCGACCAGCCAUUGUAUGACGCCUCGGAGCUCCACGGCAUCAUCCCGGAGAACGCUCGUAAGCCAUUCGACAUCCGUGACAUCAUCUCUCGUCUCGUAGAUGGCUCACGCUUCCACGAGUUCAAGAAACUAUACGGCAACACCAUCGUCACCGGUUUCGCUAAGAUUGCAGGUCAAGACGUCGGCAUCAUCGGCAACAACGGCGUCUUGUUCGGAGAGUCAGCCAAGAAGGCGACCAGCUUCAUCCAGCUGUGCAAUCAGCGCCAGACUCCGUUGGUCUUCCUGGUCAACGUAACCGGCUACAUGGUGGGUACCAAGGCCGAACGCUCCGGUAUCGCCAAGGACGGUGCCAAGAUGGUUCGAGCGGUCGCGUGCGCAAACGUGCCCAAGUUCACCGUCAUUGUUGGAGGCAGCUUCGGCGCGGGCAACUACGGCAUGUGCGGACGAGCCUACAGUCCUCGCUUCCUUUGGAUGUGGCCCAAUGCCCGCGUCGGUGUCAUGGGCGGUGAACAGCUCAGCCAGGUCAUGGGAACGGUCAGCAGCGACAAGUCCAAGCAGGAAGGUCUUCGCGAGACGAUCGAGAAGCAGACUCUGCCCGAGUACGCGAGUGCUCGCAUGUGGGACGACGGCAUCAUUCGACCACAAGACACUCGCAGCGUGCUGGCUCUGGGGCUGAGCGUUGCAAACACGGGUCGAUGGAGGAGCUCGCAGCGUGGCGAUGCUGGCGGCUCGAGACACCCGGCAUGGGACGGCAACAACUACGGCGACGGCGUCUAUCGAAUGUGA